CAACAAUAUGGCGCCGUCCAUGGUGUACAGAAAAGCUUCGUCUAGGAGUUGAUGUAUACUUGUUUAUUUACAGCUUAAUACGUUUGCUAGUACAUUUUACAAACUGUGAAGUGUCGUCUGUUUAUCUCUCCAUAUACUUAAACACCUAAAGGAUUUGCGUUAACGCCUGAACAGCAACCAUGUCUGGUUCAAAUGCCUGGAGUCGAAGUCGAGAGAAAAUGAGACUUUUCCCUGAGCUUUUUGCACAGUGUGCAGGAGAGGCAGCAACGUAUGGGAAGUGUGUGGCAGCUACCACAAAAGGCAGACAGGAGCUGAGGAAGGACAUGUGUGCCAAGGAAUUUGAAGCAUUGAAGACGUGCUUUACAACUGCAGCCAAGAAAAAAGCCAAAUGAAUGAAAACUGUCCUGGCUUUGUUGGAGCUGUAAAUUCACUGAAUGGACCUCAAUUGUGAAUAGAGAAGACGGGAAUUCAAAGUGUUGAUCGACUUCUUGUGCUGGAUCUUGAAAACAGAACACUUCCUCUACUAGGAACUGUAAAUAAACUGGACGUGUGAUGUGUUGAAAAGUAUUUCUGCUACAUUCUUUUAUAUUAAAGACUGAAUGUAAUAUACUGAGGUGAAUAAAACAUUGCGUUU